CUAUGAUUAAACUUCCAUGUUUAGUGUUAUUUCUUAAAAAUGUAAGUGUUGGCAAAUAAUUGUGGUGUUAGACUAUUUCAAGGCAUGGUACUUCCUACAUAACUUAACAAAGAGCGCCACACGUCUCAUGAAGAUAGGUGUUUUCACCGCCCUUAAAUUCCAAGUUCGUGUCACAGUUCACUUUCCGCAAAUCAUUAUCAACAACACCCUGGCUAAUACAAAGUACGUGGCAAAAGUUGACAACGGCAUGGUGACUGGAGAGAAGAUAGAACAGAAUAAGUUGGAAUUCAGCAAACAAUAACCAAGAAAAUCGAAUAAAUCUUAUCUACCAAUAGCGUUUCGG